UAACGCUCGCGUGCCGUCACACUGCGCCCGGUCAAACAUCUUGUAGCACCGCCCGCCAUGUAGCCGCUGCUCUCGCUGGAAGAAGGACACUGCCUUCAGGUGCUCAUGAAACAUGGCUGAAGAGGAUUAUAAUGCAGCUGUAUCGGGACCGCUUGUGUACCCUUGGCCUAUUAUUGACAUUUUACUUAGCUGGUGUUUUGUUUAUAUUCUCUGCUACAUUGGAACCUACUCGGAAAACGUACUCCAAGGACUCACUCUCCAACGGCCUGUCGAGGAACAUUCAAGUGGGGCCGGGUAUUCGCGCGGCUGGUCACCGCGGCAGGCUGCAGUGGUGUCGACCGUUACGCUUCAAGAGGCAGCCCGGGCCAGUGGUGGCUCUGGCAUCGUUCCCAGGCAGCGGGAACACGUGGGUCCGCUAUCUCCUGCAGCAAGCUACAGGAAUUUACACUGGAUCAGUGUACAAAGACUAUGGCCUACUGAAGAAUGGCUUUCCUGCUGAAUCUGUGGUGAACGGCUCGGUGUUGGUUGUGAAGACGCACGAGUGGGGGCCUGGAGCGAGGCAGCUGUUCAGCAGGGCAGUUCUUCUGGUGAGGGAGCCAGGCCCGGCGAUACAGGCCGAGUUCAACAGGCAGAGCGGAGGCCACAUUGGAUUCGCUUCACCGGAUCGCUACCGUCGCAAUAAAGGCAAAUACUGGCAGCACUUCGUGAGCGAGAAGCUGGCCACAUGGAAGCACACGAACCUGGACUGGCUGCACAACUUCACGGGGCCGCUGCACGUCGUGCUCUACGAGGAGCUCGUACGCGACUUGAAGAGGCAGCUCGAAGCGUUGCUAGAGUUCCUUGGCGCGCCGGCGCCCGACAAGGCGCUGGCCUGUGCCCUGGAGCGUCACGAGGGCGUCUACCGCCGCAAGCGCCGCGCCAUGCCGUUCGACGCCUACACGCCCGCCAUGAGGACCAUGCUGGGCAAGGAGCGGCGGGCGGUGUACGACGCCGUUAGGGUCACCCUGGAAGCUGGAACCACGCAAUAGUGCCAACUCAUCGGCACAAUCACUAUAGAUGUGUUCUCGAAGCAAUGUGUGGUCGUUUGCAGUAAUGCACGACAGCCCGCGCCAGGAAAAUUCUCAAUCUGAGUCUUUGAACAUCAGCUGGCUCUGAACUUGAGAUAUCGCUCAUCUGGUGGUUCUUAACUCUUUGUCCUUAAUGUUUUACAGCAGUGUUCUCUGACUUUAGAACAUAAAUGGCCCUGACGAUUUUGUAUCAAUUUAAAAAUUACACUUUUGAAUAACACAAAAAUUCCAUAUAUAUAUAAACACACACACACAUAUACAUGUAUAUAUAUAGUUUUAUUUGCGAGAUAAAGCAUCUUAAAUA